CGUACCCUCUCGCCGUCACGUGGACGCCCGGUUGUCAUGGCGUCUGUCCGGAAACCGGUGCUGCUGGGACUUCGAGACGCGGCGGUGAAGGGAUCCCCCAGGGGGCCCGCCGCCUGGACGGCUAGCAAGCUGGGCGGUGUCCCGGACUCCCUACCGGCCGUUCCCGCCCCGGGGCCGCGGUGUGGCCGCUGCGCGCAGCCGCUCGCGCUGGUCGUGCAGGUGUACUGCCCGCUGCAAGGCUCCCCGUUCCACCGGCUUCUGCACGUGUUCGCCUGUGCACGCCCCGGCUGCGGCAGCGGCGGCGGCGGCGAGUCCCGCAGCUGGAAGGUGUUCCGCUCCCAGUGCCUGCAAGUGCCUGAGAGAGAGACUUGGGAUGCCCAGAAACAGGGUAAUGGCCUGGAAGCUGAGCACUGGUGUGAAGGCUCACAUGACUGGGGAAGUGACAGCGAGGAGCCGCCUCUACCGCCGCCCACCUCAGCAUCGGGGAGCAGUUCUCAUGGUGUCAGAGCUGUAGACUGUACGGAGCAGCUCCGAGCUCUCCACCUGCAGGACCCUGCCCUAGCUGUUGCUCACCCUUCCGCUUCAGGGCAAGGGCUGGCAGUCCCUGCUGAAGUGCCACAGUUCCAGCCCUACUAUAUCUGUGUUGCUGACGAGGAGGACUAUGGGAGCUCCGUGGAUCUUGAUCACGCACACAGCCUGCUGCAGGAGUACCAGCAGAGAGAAGGCGUUGCCAUGGAGCAUCUGCUCUCCCCGGGUUUUCCUAGCGACGGGGAUGAAAAGUACGAGAAGACCCAACUUAAAGGUGGAGAUCAAACAUUUUACAAGUUCAUGAAGAGAAUUGCUGCCUGUCAGGAGCAGAUUUUAAGGUAUUCGUGGAGUGGAGAGCCCCUCUUUCUGACCUGCUGCACAUCAGAAGUCGCUAAGGUCCCAGCCUGCAGUGACUGUGGAGGCCAGAGGACGUUUGAGUUUCAGCUUAUGCCGGCCCUGGUCAGCAUGCUCAGCAGUGCUAAUCAAGGUCUUACCGUGGAGUUCGGAACGAUUCUCGUUUACACGUGUGAGCGGAGUUGCUGGCCUCCGAAUCAGCAGACGCCCAUGGAAGAAUUUUGUAUUAUACAAGAAGACCCAGAUGAAUUUUUAUUUAAGUAAAACCCUUCUCUUAUUUAUAUAAAAUUAAACAAAAUUUCAUAUUCAAAUAUAUGUGUGUUUACCUUAUUUUUAGCUUCUCCCUUCCCAUGAGACAGGGUCUCACUAUAUUUACCAUUGGCUGGCCUUGAACUUGUAACAUUCCUCCUGUCUUAAACUUAGCGUGUAAAUGAUUAAUUUUUUAAAA